AUGAAGCUUCCCCAAGGUCUCACAGUUGCUUCAUCUUCUCAAUUUACUUCUCCUUUGGUUUGUAAGUUGCAAAAGUCCUUUUAUGGCUUAAAACAAGUCUCUAGGCAAUGGUAUGCUGAGUUGUCACAAGCACUUUGCACUAGAGGUUACACACAUUCUUUGAAUGAUUACUCUCUUGUCAUUAAAAGGUCCGAAUCAUCUACUGUAUUUCUUGUUGUCUAUGUGGACGACAUUAUCCUUACUGGGGAUGAUCCUAAAGAGAUCAAUGCUCUCAAAAUGUUUUUAGAUGAUCUGUUUAAAGUUAAAGAUUUAGGAUUACUUAACUAUUUUCUGGGAAUUGAGUUGUUAUAUGUUGAUUCUGGGGUACUUCUUCAUCAAAGGAAGUUUGUUUCGGAGUUAGUUGUUGAAUAUGGGUGUUCUGAUGCUUCUGCUGUUUCUUCCCCCUUUGAGUUAUGUGUUAAACUCAAGUCUGAUGUUGGGGUCUUGCUGCCCAACCCUGAUUCUUAUAGAAGUUUAGUUGGAAAAUUGAAUUUUCUCACUCAUACCAGGCCAGAUUUAUGUUUUGUUGUGCAACACUUGAGUCAGUUUCUUAAGACACCUCGACUGCCCCAUAUGACAGUUGCGUUACAUGUUCUAAG